UUUUUUCUUUCUUGACGAGUAUGUAAGGGGAGAGGAAGGGCGUUUAUAUGGAAGGGUAGUGAAUGAAAUGAAUGAAGUGAAAGCCCGUCACAAUGGAGUUGUUUCCCAAGAACAAAGAAACUGCGGCCGGCACAGUGACUGACAAAGACACGAGGGUGAAUGAACGCGCAAACACGAAGGAACGGGGGCUGAGCAGCAGCAUCAGCACGGCAAGAAUAGAAAGACUUAUACUCGCAGUCACGCAGUCAGCGGGUUCAGGGCGGCAAGCAAGCGCGCUGCUAACAGCCAGCCACGCGGGCAGCUAG